AUGGCGAGAAGAAAUCAAAGCAGAAAUCUCCGUUUGAAAUGUCUCGCCAUUUUGAUGUUGUGUUGUGCGUUUCAAAGAACGCAAUGCGGUCUAACAUUGUACAUUCAUCGCGACUUUGCCGUCAAUAAGAUGCAAUUGGAUGUUAAAAAUGAUAUAUUUUUAAUAAAGAAUGGAGUUAAGAACGAAGUGUUUAGAAAUUCUAAGUUAUUUACUGAAACAACAAACGCUUUGCCUGCGACUUUGGACCAUAUUGAACUAACAUGGCUAGCUUUGAAACACGACGAAAAAUAUCAAUUGCGUAUAACCUCUGAGAAUGUGAAAAUACUGCAGCAGCCGAUGAUGAAACCACAUGAUCUGGAAGGAACUGUAACUGUUUCUAAAGGUUCUAGAACGUUUGUAGUUUAUCUCUACUGCACUGGUAUGGUUCAAGGACUGGUGCAUAUUCAUUUCUCAUUGAACUACACAAAUUUCAAGAAGAUCACUGUGAAAAGGACGCUAGAUUUUACUAUUUCUAAACAGUGCGAUCGAAGCGAGAGCAAAACAACUACUGAAUCAAGUCAAACGAAUUCAAUAGAUCGUACAGUCGUAGUUACAGUGAGCGCUAGUUUGGCUUUACUUGUUUGUGUGAUAAUCGCUGUCGUGUUUUUCUGGCGUUACGUGAAGCGUAUCAGGAGGAGAUUUGGCUUCGACGAAGCCACAGAACAACUCUCCCCGCAUCGAGAGAGCUUUACUUCAUCAAAUAUUUCAAUUCCCCAUAUAUCUCACCUCCCUACGGUUGUAUAUUCUCCCAAACGACAUACAUCGGGACAGAGCUUUACGAAAAUUGCGAAACAUGAAAAUACAACGACAAUACAAGCACAUUCUUGCGACUCUGUUACAACAACCGCACGAGAAAAUCUCAGCAAUGGCCAUGUAAGUCCUAUUUCAUUUAACGGACGAUCGUCUGUCAAUAAUCGCCAGCUUUUUACUCAAAUAAGCAUCACUGAUGAUGAUGUGUUUGCAUCAAAUGAAACUGACGUGGCUUUAACACAAAAUCGAGAGAAACGCGAAGAAAGAUUAUCGCUUGCAAAAGACACGCCGGACAAACAGUUAGCUUUUGCAACUCUCAACGAAUAUUGGACGGAAAAACUGGGAGACAGUUUAAAAUGUCGCGAUCGAGUCGAAAUCCGUAGAGAGGUUUUAGGAGAAGGCACGUUUGGUCGUGUAUUGCGUGGUAGAUUGAUAGUUGCGUGUGAGCAAACGGAAAACAAUGUUGAUUUAGCUGUGAAAAUUUGCCAAGAAAAUGUGGAAUUCGAUCACAUGAUAUCCUUGGUGAACGAAGCAAUUCUUAUGAAAAAGUUAUGUCAUGAGAAUUUGCUUGAAUUGCUUGGCGUCGUUCUUCAACCCAGCUCAUCACCGCUUAUUCUAACCCCAUACAUGCAACAUGGGGAUUUACAUAAAUUUCUACGCCAUUCCCGCGGAAUUGGUAUUCGAAGACAGCUCAUUGGUUCCCAACAGUUGGUUAACUUUGGAGGUCAGAUUGCGAGGGGUAUGGAGUACCUUGCAAGUCAGAAAGUCGUCCAUCGCGAUUUAGCUGCAAGAAAUUGUUUGGUUGAUGCAAACUUGAAUGUUAAGAUUGGAGACUUUGGUCUAGCAAGAGAGGUCAAGCAGUUUGAUCUGUAUAAGAUGGAGCACCCUACCCAGCUAGCAGUUAAAUGGUUAGCACUGGAGAGUUUAUUGUACUAUAUUUUCACUGAGAAAAGUGACGUUUGGUCGUUCGGUAUUGUCUUAUGGGAGUUAGUGACACUAGGCUCACAGCCUUAUGCAGGACUUGAUAAUUACGAGGUAACCCAGUAUCUCGAGACCGGAAAACGCUUACCAAGACCGUUGCGCUGUCCUGAUGACCUGUACAGCAUCAUGCAGUCAUGUUGGCUUCCAGCGCCUGAAGAACGACCAUUGUUCAGUGUCCUUGUUCACAAGUUAGAAGAUUACGAGCUGCGCCUGCGACCAUCUUGCAUCACCUUCGAGUUUGAUGAGGACACCAUUGAAAUGUCAGAUGGAUUGUUUUAG